UGCUGGGAAGGAGGUAAAAUGGCCACCGGCGGCGGCGCGGAGGAGGAGAGGAAGCGGGGGCGGCCGCCACUGCUGCCCGCCGCGGCCGCCGCGCGCCCCCCGGCCCGCGGCGACGAGGCCGAGGGCGGCCGCGAGAAGAUGGGCUGGGCGCAGGUGGUGAAGAACCUGGCCGAGAAGAAGGGCGACUUUCGCGAGUCGCGCCCCGCGCGGCGGGAGGAGGACGGCGGCGGCGGCGGCGGCGCGGGCCUGGCGGCGGCGGCGGCGCUGCCAGCAGCAGCGCUCGGGGGCGACUUCCCCCCGGCCGGCCGCGCCGACCCGACGGGCCGCCGGAGAGAGCCGGCCGGCGGCGAGGCGGCGGACGCCCGCCUGAAGAAGAGCGUGGCCGAGAGCUCGGGCAAGCGGAAGAAAGCCGAGGCGGCGGCGGUGGCCGCGGUGGCGGCCCCGGCCAGGCCCGGCGCGACGGCCGAGGAGGCGGCGGCGGCGGAGCAGCAGCAGCAGCAGCGCGGCGGCCCCGAGGACGAGCCGACGGCGGCGGCGGCGGCGGCGGCCGGCCCCGCGGCGGGCCCCGGCAAGGGCCGCUUCCUCGUGCGCAUCUGUUUCCAGGGAGACGAGGGCGCCUGCCCGACCCGGGACUUCGUGGUGGGCGCGCUCAUCCUGCGUUCCAUCGGCAUGGAGCCCGGCGACAUCUACGCCGUCAUCCAGAUCCCCGGCAGCCGCGAGUUCGACGUGAGUUUCCGCUCGGCCGACAAGCUGGCCCGGUUCCUGCGCGGCUACGAGGAGAAGCGCGAGCACGAGGACUGCUGGGAGAACUUCGUGGUGCUGGGGCGGAGCAAGGCCAGCCUGAAGACCCUCUUCAUCCUCUUCCGCAACGAGACGGUGGACGUGGAGGACAUCGUGACCUGGCUCAAGCGCCACUGCGACGUGCUGGCCGUGCCGGUGAAAGUGACCGACAGGUUUGGCAUCUGGACCGGGGAGUACAAGUGCGAGAUCGAGCUGCGCCAGGGGGAGGGCGGGGUCCGCCACCUGCCGGGGGCCUUCUUCCUGGGGGCCGAGAGGGGCUACAGCUGGUACAAGGGGCAGCCCAAGACGUGCUUCAAGUGCGGCUCGCGCACCCACAUGAGCGGCACUUGCACGCAGGACCGCUGCUUCAGGUGCGGGGAGGAGGGGCACCUGAGCCCUUACUGCCGCAAGGGCAUCGUGUGCAACCUCUGUGGCAAGCGGGGACACGCCUUCGCCCAGUGUCCCAAGGCAGUUCACAAUGCCGUGGCCGCCCAGCUCAGCGGCGUGGCCGGGCACUGAGCACCCGGACGCCUGCCUUGCCUUGCCCCCCGGUGAACGCGCAAGCCGCUUCGCCACCCCCCAGCCCUCGCUUAAGUGCCAAAACUUUUUUUUUCCUUUUUUUUUUUUACUUAAACCGUGUUUGUCCAAGUCGGUUUUGGAAGGAGCUCUUUUCUAAACCUGGAAGGGACGUGACUGCCUCAAACCGAGUUGACUCCGUUUCAGCCUUUCGUAAGGGCGAUUGAGAACUGUAGUGUACAGAUAGUGCCCCCUCCUAGCCCCGUUUUUUGAUUUUGUUUUUGUAUUUUGGUGUGCUUUGUUUAUUACCUCUUUUGGUACUUUUUUUUUUUUACUUCCCAUAACUUGUUUUCUCCCAGGAUUUUCACCUUCGGGGCCGCCUUGCUCCUAGAGCCCAGCGCUUGAUCCUGGGAGCUGGCAGCUGGUCGGCUUCCCGCCAGUUUGUUGAAUUGAGCCCGGUGUCCACUCACUUUGGUGCGAGUGGCCACCUUUCGCAGCUCUUUCCCCUCCCCUGUUAAUUUGCUGCUUCUAACAUGUGGUCUGAGAGUUUGUGAACCCAGUGUUGUUAGAAGUGUAUUAUAAUCUGAACCAAUAAGCUCAGAAUGGUGGCCAAGGGGCCUCGCUUAAUGGCAUAAAAAUUAGUGGAUUUGUGACAGCUCCCUUUCGGUGGCCCAGGAGCCGUUUUUCAUAUAAUCAUGGAAGCUUGACAUUACUUGCUGGAAAGCAGCAAAAAAUACAAGAUUUUUUAAAUUUUAAAGUCUAGGCCAACCCCCAUUUUCUAAUGGAGGAAACAGGCCUGGAGUGGUUAAGUGCCUGGGUCCCCAUGGCAUAGCUGUUUGGUGCCAGAUCUAGCCCAGAGUUCCCUGACCCCAAAGUUGGUGCUCAUCCCACUACCUCUCACACUUCACAACAUUUUCCUCAAUGCUUGCAGGCCCAGCAAGUCUGAUCGCUUUAGAUAAUGGAGCCCAGAGGGGUGCGAAGGAAUCGUCUGGAGGGGAAGAACUUGCAGGAGGAAGUUUAGUGAACUAGGGUUUCUGAAUAUUCAGGAACCAGGGAAGGAACCAAGGAAUUUGAUCCAGGGUGCACCCAUUGCUGCCUGGGGUACCAUUUCUGGAUUAGCGUGUAUCAGGACCUUCGGUGCCUUACCCUUUCCUGUUAAUUGUUCUUGGUGAGAGGGGAGGUGCCCUUUAGUAAAAAUACCUACCAAAGGUUUACAUUUAUUUGAGCCUUAGCCUCGCAGCUGGAAAUCCCAGAGAAGCUACUAAAUGGGACUCCUCUGCAGCCUCCAGAGUCUCUAGAGAAAGGCAUUUCUAACCCAGAAUUGGAGCUGAGCUGGUGACUAAAAUGUUCUUGGUGCGAAACAGGCCAAGCAAGAGGGUAUCGG